AUGCUUAAGUUCACGGGGCAAAAGCUGCAGUUGCUGGACGAUUAUGAUAUGUUGUUGAUGUUCGAGAAUGGCAUACGUGGAGGAUUGGUGCAGGCAAGUAAGAGGUACGCGAGGGCUAAUAAUGACAAGACCCCGGAUUAUGACGAGACAAAAGAUAAAUCAUGGAUAAUAUAUCAGGACUGUAAUAACAACUUGUACGGAUGGGCUAUGUCACAGUGCAUGCCGUACGGUGGGUUCAAAAAUCUACAGCAGGCGAUUAAGAAUGGGCUGAUAGUUGAAAAAGUGCACAGAGUUAUUCACUUUAACCAGUCAGAUUGGCUGGCUAAAUAUAUUAAGUUGAAUACAGAGAUGAGGAAAAGAGCUACAAACGCGUUUGAGAAAGAUUUUUUUAAGCUGAUGAACAACGCUGUAUUUGGGAAGACUAUGCAAUCGAAGAGGAAGGAGAUGAAGAUGGAGUUGGUGUCAUGCGAAUGGAGGUUACAGAAAUUGAUAAAUAAGAGCACAUUCAAGUAUUGUACUAAUUACAAUGAGAACCUGAACGCUGUCGCACUGGAGAACAAAAUUAUUAAAUUUGAUAAACCUAUAUAUAUUGGAUUCGCUGUACUAGAUAUUUCAAAAACAAUGAUGUAUGAUUAUCACUAUAAUGUUAUGCAGAGACAUUAUGGAGACAAAAUUAAAUUGAUGUACACUGACACAGAUUCAUUGAUAUAUUAUAUUGAAACCCAAGAUUUUUAUGUAGACUUGGCUGCUAAUUCUAAUCUACUGGACCGGAUGGACACUGCUAACCUGCCUCGUGACCACCCAUGUUAUAUAGCAGAUAGAAAGAAGGAGCCGGGACUCUUUUCCGAUGAGUAUUUGUUCGAACGCGGAACGGGUUUGCCGCCAAAACAAAGGCAAAAGCACGGACACUCCAAGUCACGUUAG